AUCGUUCUGGAUUUCUCUGAGGCUAGGCAGCAGCAGCAAGGCUGAAAUGCAUCGACCGAGAGUUCGCUUCAACUUUUCGCUCCUUUGCGGAGUCCCCACGGUCAGUUACUACUUCUAAUAUCCUCCUGGAGACACUUCGUGAGCGAAAAUUACUUCUCGUAUCUUAUUAACCCUUCCGGGAGCUCCAUAGACGAACUUUGCGCACAAUCCUCCCACCCCUCGAAAGCAUCGCAAUAUCUAAUAUAUAGGAUGCAGACUAGUAGGGAAUUGGAAAAUGCGUACAGACGCGUAGAACGCCACCGGACAGAAGGUACUCCUAUGACGGUGUGGCAGAGGGAGUGUCUGGGAAAGAUGGACACGUCGAAUGGAAAGUCGGAGCCGAUUACCAUCAGCCCUUCGAAGUCUCGCGCGCUACGCAUCGCUGGCCCCCUAUCCCAGACUGAUUCGGCAUUUGCUGGCUUCUUCGCUGAAGCGUGCCGGGCAUGCACGGGAAGAUUCGUCUUCCGAACAAGAGAGUUCGCCGCAACGAUCUUGACUGGAAUACCGACCGACGUGAAAUACAAAGCAGUGUCCUACGUCUGGGGCGAGGUGAAAAAUCUCGGCAUCUAUUGUAGAUGCGGUGAACGAAAGGAUAUUCCAAUGGCGGGCCCAGAUCGAUUCAGCACUCUUCUUUCGCUUGCUGCAACGAAGAACGAUUGUGAUGGAGUGUGGUUGGAUGCACUGUCAAUCGACCAGGAUAGCCAUUCGGAUAAACAAAUCCAGAUAGCUGCAAUGGGGCAAAUUUACGACCGCGCAGAGACUGUGCUGGUCUUGCUUCCAGCUGCUGAUCAGGAUUGUUUUACCAACCUCCGCGUUAUGAUGAACGCCGCUCUUGAGCAAGAUGGCAUGGGCUUACUAGACUUCGAGAAGAUAACCUGGGAUACGUUCAAUGCCUCUCACCAAACGGUCGUAGAAUUCUUCCUCGCUAGCUUCGAAGACCACAAGCGUGGUGUCCAUAGCAGCACCUAUUUUCGACGUGCGUGGACGUUUCAAGAAUGGGCACUGGCGAAGGACGUUGAUGUCGCAUGCGAGAACCGACAGUCUGACGAGGGUGCGAUGGCACUUCUCCCCAACGUGAAAACUUGCGUCAUUCGCGCGGCGGUCAGACUUUCCAUGCAUCUCAAGACAUUCCAGUCGAUGGCAUCAGCGGCAGUGAAAUGCCGCAUGAAGGUCGCGGAUGUUCCGGCCUUCGUCGAGGACCUCAUGGGGCUUUUCCCACAAGAAGAUGUAUUCUGUUCUUCAGAAGAAGUUGAUUGGAAUGAGGUUUUCGUUGACAAUAUAUUUCCAUUUACGGGCAUGCACAAUCAGCUCCGCCUUCGUCUUGCAGGCAAGGAGCGCACUUCAGAACAACGAUUCCGUACUCGGCUGCAUCUAAUGCUGAAUGCGUUCAAUCUGUCCGAGCGUAAAGCACGUUUCCCGGCCGAUUUAGUCGCCUGCUGGGCCUCCAUGUGCAACGUAGCUUACGACUAUCAGAAUAACGACCAUGUUCAUGUAGCUCUCAAGAAAGUUGUGGAUGCGAUACGUGGCCGAGGAGUCAAGAUCUACAACUUCCAGGCAAACAUUGCGGGGGCUUCCGCCGAGAUGGAUCUAGACUUCUACACCUACGCAAUGGACCAACCUAUGAGGAAUUCGACAAACCGAGCGCUCACUUUCGGAGCACCAAGCUUUACCGGGGUCUCCGACUUUGCACAGCAUCUUCGCACAUCCUUGGACGAGAAACCUGAAUGUCGAUUGGAAGGGAACGGCGUUGCACUUAGGAGAGUAAUAGGUGCUCGAAUCGACACUAUUAUUCCAGCUGACAACAUCGACGCGGUUUGCGAAGAACUUUCAAGGAUUCAGACCGGGUACUGGGAGGAGAUCAGCUUGCUCGCCACUUUUCGAGAUCUUCGAGACGUUGCUCGUCCGAACCUUCAAGCCAUGGCGCAUGCAGAGCUCCAGAAGUUCCAACUCGUCACCAUCUCUUUUCACGACGCCAACAAACUGCUGCCUUACGAGCCCCAGGAGGAUCCCGAGGAGGUGGCGAAGCGACAGAAAGAAAUGGUUGAUGAUUACAAUCUUUUGAUGAGCCUCGAUAUGGCCAACCCAGGAAAACAUAAGCCCGUCACUUCAGUUCCCUCGAUCAAACUAGCGCCGGAGGUUGAGUAUCUCAAACACGCUUGGGCUAUAUGCCCCACUGCGCGCCUCGAUCGCAGCGUCUUCGUUGCGAGAGAGGGGCUUAACGGGACCCUGGUACUAGCGAAGCCUCUCGGAGCAACCUUUACCGUCAUUUCCUAUUUAACAGGAGUGGACAAGAUGAGCGGAGCAUAUCUGCUUCCCACAGACUCUGAUGGGGAAAUGAAAGUCAUCUUACGCGCGCCUCAACGGCCCGAUAUCAAUGCUGCAGCAAAAGGCGGAUUCUAUGCCAACCGCGAUCGACGAUGCAUUGCACUCUUCCAGCUCGACGACGUUGAAUACAUGGCGUUCUAGGUACCAUUCUGUUUAGUUCGAAAUGUUCUCCAGCAGAGGAUACUCCGCCAUCCCACCAUAGCCCUUUAAUCCCGCAAAGUUGCCAUUCUCGCAAAAUCGGAUGUUGUCCGUGACUUCACAGUGCGAGCAGUUCCCACAGGCGUGAUGGGAGAGUA